UUGACUGGCUCUGCCCGGCUUCCUGGAGGCAAGAGAGUGAUGAGCGGGGUUCUCGAAGCGCAACAGGCCAGUGGUGGCACCAUUGGGGUGCCACUGUCCCUGGGGGGCCUGGUGGGCGGUGGGGCAAGGGUGUCCCUGGGUGGCGGGAAGCCCACAGCGAGCACAGCCUUGAGCUCAGAGCCCCCACAGGACAUGGAGAAGGAGCUGGAGGCUCUGCAGGCCUGGAAGGAGCUCGUGGCGCAGGAGCUCGACCGUGUAGUGGCCUUUUGGACUGCACACUCGCACGACCCGGAGCAUGGGGGCUUCCUCACAUGCCUGGGCUGCGAUGGCCGGGUGUACGAUGACCUCAAGUACGUGUGGCUGCAGGGCAGGCAGGUAAGGGGACGCCCCGGCCCAUGCCCCCUGGCCCCAGCCCCCUACAGCCACCGUGGGCUUGCACCCACCCAUCGACCCAGAGGUCUGCCUGCAGCAGUCCCACUCCCCCAGGUGUGGAUGUACUGUCACCUGUACCGCAAGUUCCAGCGCUUCCACCGGCCAGAGCUUCUGGAAGCUGCAAAAGCAGGUGGCGAGUUCCUGCUGCGCCAUGCUCGGGUGGCACCUCCUGAGCAGAAGUGUGCCUUCGUCCUGACUCGGGAUGGCCGCCCAAUUCGGAUACAGCGCACUGUUUUCAGCGAGUGCUUCUAUGCCAUGGCCAUGGCCGCACUCUGGGGGGUGACAGGAGACGUGCGCUACCAGAGGGAAGCGACAGAGAUGAUGGAGCAGAUUGUCCACUGGGUGCGGGAGGACCCGUCGGGGCUAGGCCGGCCGCUGCUGGCAGGGACCCCGGCAGCUGAGCCUAUGGCAGUGCCCAUGAUGCUGCUGAGCCUCGUAGCGCAGCUGGGUGCCGAGGAUGAGGCGCUGAUGCACAGAUACGCUGAGCUGGGGGACUGGUGCACCCAGAGGAUCCUGCGCCACGUCCAGAGGGAUGGCCAAACUGUCCUGGAGAAUGUGUCUGAGGAUGGCCAGGAGCUACCUGGCUGCCUGGGCCGACACCAGAACCCAGGUCAUACACUGGAGGCUGGCUGGUUCCUGCUUGAACACGCCAGCAGGAAAGGUGACCCUGAACUGAGAGCCCAUGUGAUUGAGAAGUUUCUCCUGCUGCCCUUCCGCUCCGGAUGGGACCCUGAGCACGGGGGCCUCUUUUACUUCCAGGAUGCUGAUGGCCUCUGCCCUACACAGCUCGAGUGGGACAUGAAACUCUGGUGGCCGCAUUGUGAAGCCAUGAUCGCCUUCCUCAUGGGUUACAGAGACAGCGGGGACCCUGCCCUGUUGCGCCUCUUUGAGCAGGUGGCGGAAUAUACUUUCCGCCAGUUUCGCGAUCCCGACCAUGGCGAGUGGUUCGGCUACCUGAACCGGGAGGGGAAGGUCGCGCUCACCAUCAAGGGGGGCCCUUUCAAAGGCUGUUUCCAUGUACCGCGGUGCCUGGCGCUGUGCGAGGAGAUGCUGGGCUCCCUGCUGAGCCGCGCCCCGGACCCCGCCCCCGCCCCCACCCCCGCCCCCCGCGAGGCCUAAUAAAGCUCGACCUGCUGCA